GUGCCGGUUUCGUUUCACGUUGCCACAUUCGUUUGGUUGCUGUUUUAUCCAACUUACUGAGGAAAUUUUGGGACUUGGUGCGGAGGAAAAUGUCGGAAAAGUACGGAAAACUGCAGCAGCAGUUCCUCUGCUGCUAUCCCGUGAACAAGAUGGCCUGGUCGUCGGUGAAGCUGCCACUGAAUUGGGAUGAGCAGCAGGAGCUGUUGGCGGCCACUUGUGGACACCCGAUGAACCGGCGACAUCCGGUGCGCCGCAGCUACUUGGAGGCCUUCCUCAAGCAGCUGAUGCACCUGCUCAAGGAUCAGGAGGACGUGCACGACGACAUCUACAGCCGCUUGUGCGGCGGGUUGGGGGAGGGUAAGGGAUCGGGAUCGGGAUCGGGAUCGGGCACAUCGUAUGCCUACAAGCACUACCUCAUUAGUCCGGGCGCCCACAUAACGCUCCGCGAGUGCAAUAGCUUCGUCAGCGAGGGCACCACGGGAUUGUGCACCUGGGAGGCGGCCCUGGCCCUGGCCGAUUACGUCCUGCAGCACCGCGACCUGGUCAGCGGCAAGAACAUAGUGGAACUGGGCGCCGGAGCCGGACUCGUGGGCAUCCUGCUCAAACUGCCCGGCCUGGAACUGAAGACGGGCCAGGUGCUCCUCACCGACGGCAGUGAACCGUGUGUGCAGCUGAUGCGCGAGAAUAUCGCCUUGAAUUUCCAUAACACCCCAGUGGAGGAGAUGCCCCAGGCGGAGCAGCUCGACUGGGAUGCGGUCGCCGAGUUCCCGUGGAAAUCGCACGCGGAUACGGAUCUGCUACUCGCCGCCGAUGUGAUCUACGAUGACUCCCAGUUCGAUGCCCUGCUGGGUGCCCUGGACUACUUCUACACGAGGCGAGGUGGCCAGCUGGAAACACUUCUGGCCAGCACGGUGCGGAAUGUGGACACGCUGCACAAGUUCAUGACCCUGCUGGGCCUGCAUGGAUACAAGGUGACUCCCUGCGCGAAUGUUUCCGCUUGUGCCAGCCACUUUUGUCGCGAUCACACCGCCGCCGUUCAGAUUAUCUCCAUUCGACGCUAGUUUUAGUCCUAAAAUAAACCGACACAACGAAAGCAAACACCCACUAUCUGGAUCCCACUUAAGAGCUUUAUUGUUCCGCUGUUUGGAUUGUAAUUAACAGGAUUCGGCGGGGAGAUAUGUCUAAAUCUUUUUUAACCAUUCAUUUUUAAAUUUCGUUCAUGAAAUAGGUGUAUCUUCAAUAAGGGUACAGUAUAAAUUCCGGACUAUCAAAAAAUAGCAUUGUAGAAUCAAUCAUAAAACGCUUUGAUGAAAUAAGUAGAAUAUAAGCUUAAACUAAAAA